CAGCGUGCGCGUGACUCCCCGUGUGGACCAAUCCGCGCCGUCCUGACUCCGGCAGCUUCUUUAUAAAGCCGCUGAUCCCACACAGACCCCAUUCCUUCUCUAUCUGUGAACACGGAGCACACCGAGUAACUACAAUGGCCAGAACCAAGCAGACCGCCCGUAAGUCCACCGGAGGAAAAGCUCCCAGGAAGCAGCUGGCGACCAAAGCUGCCCGUAAGAGCGCCCCGGCCACCGGCGGCGUGAAGAAGCCCCACCGUUACAGGCCCGGUACCGUGGCUCUGAGGGAGAUCCGCCGCUACCAGAAGUCCACCGAGCUGCUGAUCCGCAAGCUGCCCUUCCAGCGCCUGGUGAGGGAGAUCGCUCAGGACUUCAAGACCGACCUGCGCUUCCAGAGCUCCGCCGUCAUGGCGCUGCAGGAGUCCAGCGAGGCUUACCUGGUCGGCCUGUUCGAGGACACCAACCUGUGCGCCAUCCACGCCAAGAGGGUCACCAUCAUGCCCAAAGACAUCCAGCUGGCCCGCCGUAUCCGCGGAGAGAGGGCUUAGACUGACCUGAGACCAGCCGAGAGGCACCACAACGGCUCUUUUAAGAGCCACUCACAGACUCUGACUGAGCUGCAGGUCCUGUUGAUUAAGACACAUUAAUAUACAAGUUUAUUUGGAUUAACAAAUGCAUCUUUUUUUACUUAUUUGAUUUUAAUCUGUUUCUUUCUUAUUGGCUUUUGACCCUGACUUAUUAGCUUGAUGAUAAAUAAGGAUUACUUAGGAUCACACUAGUUUGAGUGGCUCUUGAAAGAUGCAUUUCCACCACCAUAUUAAUGUUAUUGAUAUUCAGAGGUUAAUAAUUUGUAUGUUGUAACUUUUAAAGGGAUCACGGCCUCCUGUCGAUGCAGACUCAAUACAGUCCACACCAACGUGACAUCUGAACCUGUAUUUGUUGCUCUACAUCAUUCAUCAAAUCCCUUUCAUCCAUCAACUCUUCAAUUACCCUUGAACCAUGUUGUGCUCAGCACCUUCAUGGACCCUUCCUAUAAAUACAUGGAUCAGGUCUUUCUCUCA